GAUGAUGCCAUCCAUGAGCCAGGGAGCCUUGACCACAAGCCAGUUCUUCCGCAGCAAGAGCACGGUGCUGGGAGCCUCUCGCAGCGAAUGGUCUGGAGGCUUCGGCGGCACCAAGUCCUGGGCUGCGCUGCGGAAAGCUCAGGCCUUGGAGAGCCUCAUAGCAGAGGUGCGUAGCUUGGCGGGAGAUGCGCCGGUGAAGGGCGACGGCAACAAUGACCUCCCGCCGAAGAACUCUCAUGAGGCCUUGCUCAUUCGCCUGAAGAGCCGCGCUGCGCGGCUGGAGGCGGAGAAGCAUCGUGACUUCAUCUCGAACUAUUGGAAUACCAUGCGUUCUGACGAAGAUAGUAGCGCUCAGGACGCCCACCUGGACGGCCUCCUAGAGGCCCUGGACAAGCGGGCGGAGGAGCUCAAGCAGCGCUCGGAGGAGCUGCAGCAUGAGGCCAAAGAGGCGGAGCGCAGGCUGGAGCACGUGAACUCUCUGAACCUGGGCCGCGCCACGGACCAUGAGCUUCAGGCGAUGAACGCCUUCGAGCGGUCCCAGCGCCGCAUCCAAGAGGACAAGAAGGAGGAGGAGUACCAGAAGCAGCGGGACGAGGUCCAAGCCCUCUUUGCCAAGGUGCACCGUCGCCUGCAGAGCGAGUUGAUCGAGCUCCGGGACUACAAGGUCCUGCUGCGCGAGUACCGGCGCCUUCGCCUGGAGAAGCUCAGCGAGACCCUGGGCAAGGUCCAGGACGGCCGCCGGCUUCGGCAUUGUGUGCGUGUGAUGAUCCGAAACGGCGCACAGCGCAUCCUCCUUCGCCUCGAGUCCGCCCAGCUCCCGCUGGAGCCGUGGAUGCGGGAGGUCUUGCUGAACUGUUGUUACGUGGAGAUCCGAAUCGAGGACACGGAUCAAAAGUUGCUGACCUUGCGGCGUCUGGCGCUGCGGCCCGUCCACGACGAGGUCCAGGCGAUGAUCAGCAAGACCAAGGCGGAGCGCUUUGAGAAUCUCUUCACGCGGACCUUGGAGAUGAGACACAUGCCCCAGGCGGAAGAGGAGAAGCCUCUGCCGGAGGAGUUUCCGACAACAGGCCGCAAAUCAGCGGGAGGUGCCAGUACCACCAGCUCCUUUGCCUCUGAACGCAAGGGCAACCAGAAGGAGGAAGAGCCCGACGUGCCUGAAAAGGUCAAGGCAGAGGUGCGGAAGCUGGAGGAGGAGCUCAGCUCCCUGCGGCGGCUGCUGCAAGACAUGCGCAACAACGCUGCUGCCGUGAUCUGCAACCAGCUGCGGCAAGCAGAGAAGUCUGCUGGGAGGAACUGGUCUAGCAAGGAGGCGGCAGCAUGGGGCCAUCGGAUGCUGUCGCUGCUGGUGUCCGAGGACUUCGCCAAGCGCACCAUGAAGGAGUGGCAAAAGCUGGCCCCAACUGCAAUGCUCACACAGUGACGGUUUCACCUGCGCUGUUCACACAGCUGGGCUGUUCGAAAG